UUGGGCACCCAAUGCCCCAUUGCCCCAGGCACCAACUACACUUACCACUUCCAGGUCAAGGACCAAAUCGGAAGCUACUUUUAUUAUCCUACCACAGGUAUGCACCGUGCUGUCGGUGGAUUUGGUGGUCUUAGGAUCUACAGUCGCCUGUUGAUCCCCGUUCCAUAUGCUGAUCCUGCUGACGAGUACUGGGUCCUCCUCGGGGACUGGUUCGCCAAGACACACCAGACCCUAAAGCAGUUCUUGGACAGUGGACGCAGCCUCGGCAGGCCCAACGGGGUCCACAUCAACGGGGCCAAUGCUGGGCUUGAGCCCCUCUACACAAUGGAGCCCGGCAAGACUUACAAAUUCAGAAUCUGUAACGUUGGCCUCAAGGAUGCCCUCAACUUUAGAAUCCAAAACCACCCCAUGAAGCUCGUUGAGAUGGAAGGCUCACACGUUGUUCAGAAUGUCUACAACUCCCUCGAUGUCCAUGUGGGACAGUGCUUCUCCGUCCUCGUCACCGCUGACCAGCAACCCAAGGACUACUUCAUGGUUGCCUCUACACGCUUCACCAAGAAGGUC